UCAUAUUAUUGAAAAAUUAAAAAUCAAAACAUUAUUUAAAUUAAUAAAGUUUAUUUUAAAUAUUGUUUUUGCAAAAUAGUUUUAAAUUUUUUAUAAUAUUAUAUUUAUACAAAAUGAGAUUUUUAGCCAUUAGAAAUGCCAGCACCGUGUUCAAUAAUAUAUUUUAUCGUUCAAAUUUCACAAGCGCCAAAUCAAAAUUUCUCCCAGUGACACACGUAAUUUUUGAUAUGGACGGCGUACUUCUUGACACUGAAAAUAUUCACAAAAAAGCUGUGUCGGAAGUAGUAGCAAGUUUUGGAAAAGAUUAUAGCCAAGACCUACGUUAUAGGGUCUUGGGCGCUCCACAACUCGACGGUGCUAAACUUGUUGUUGAUGAACUGAAAUUGCCGACGUCAGUCAGCGAUUUUAUCCAAAUGAUUAACAAAAUUGAAAAAAAAUUACUACCCAAUGUAGAUGUUUUACCAGGUGUUGAACGAUUAUUACGGCAUCUUCACAGUCAUAACGUACCAUUUGCAAUAGCAACUAGUAGCAGUAAAGAAAGUUUUGAAAUAAAAACCAGAAAGCAUAAAGAUUUAUUUUCACUUUUUCACCAUGUUGUAACAGGAGCAUCUGAUCUAGAGGUGAAACAAGGAAAACCUGCUCCCGAUAUAUUUCUUAUUUGCGCUUCUAGGUUUUCUGAUCAGCCUCACCCAAACAAGUGUUUAGUUUUUGAAGACUCGCCAAACGGAGUCAGAGGUGCGGUCACAGCGGGUAUGCAAGUAGUUAUGUUACCUGAUCCAGUGAUACCAAAGAAUUUAUGUACUGAAGCGACUGUUGUAGUCGACAGCAUGAACGAUUUUCUUCCUGAACCAUUUGGUAUACCAGCAUUUAAAACUUAAUUUUUAAAUUACCCACCUACAUUUUUUACUUAAUAUAAUAAUUAUUGAUGGAAAACAUUAAUGUUGUAUUCUACACUUUUACCUUAUAUCUUAUUUAAAGGGAUAUUAUUUCUUAUUGAAUAUUUUUACCGCUUUAGGUAAACGCAAUCGGUAGCGCUACAAAUUUCAAAUAUGUUGAAUAACUUAUAAAAUAACAAUUAAUUGUUUUGUUAAAAUAUUAUUUUUACUUUCGCUUAAGAAUAUGAUUAUUAUUGAUGUUUUAUUAAUUAUGAUUUAUGAAGUUAA